AUGCCUGCAGCGGUAACAGCAGAGAUGAAGGCCAAAGCAGAGGUUUAUUACGGGGAUGAAAUCUGUAGAGAGAAGUUCAUGUUGUUGCUGUCGGAAAUGGGCUUCCCGGAUGGGCUUCUAAUCUUAAAAGACAUCGAGGAAUGCGGGUACGUGAAAGAGAUCGGCUUUGUUUGGCUUAAACACAAGCAGAAGAGAGAGUUCAGGUUUUACAACGUUGUUGUCUGCUACGACACAGAAGUCACGGCGUAUUUCGAGCCCAAGAAGAUCAAGAACCUGACAGGUGUCAAAGCCAAGGAGUUCUUGAUUUGGAUUACCCUGAGUGAGAUUUAUGUGAAGGAGAAGGACCCUCCAGCACGGUGGAUUACCUUUAAGACACCAGCAGGGUUGUCCAAGUCUUUUCCAGUAUCGGUGUUCGUUGGAGGAGCCAUUGAUUGA